UGGGGCGGCGGAGAGUCCCAGCCGGAGCCCGCUGCUCCCUGCAUCCGUGCCCGAGUGGCUGAGAGCCGGAGCCCGCUGCUCCCUGCAUCCGUGCCCGAGUGGCUGAGAGCCGGAGCCCGCUGCUCCCUGCAUCCGUGCCCGAGUGGCUGAGAGCCGGAGCCCGCUGCUCCCUGCAUCCGUGCCCGAGUGGCUGAGAGCCGGAGCCCGCUGCUCCCUGCAUCCGUGCCCGAGUGGCUGAGAGCCGGAGCCCGCUGCUCCCUGCAUCCGUGCCCGAGUGGCUGAGAGCCGGAGCCCGCUGCUCCCUGCAUCCGUGCCCGAGCGGCUGAGAGCCGGAGCCCGCUGCUCCCUGCAUCCGUGCCCGAGCGGCUGAGAGCCGGAGCCCGCUGCUCCCUGCAUCCGUGCCCGAGCGGCUGAGAGCCGGAGCCCGCUGCUCCCUGCAUCCGUGCCCGAGCGGCUGAGAGCCGGAGCCCGCUGCUCCCUGCAUCCGUGCCCGAGUGGCUGAGAGCCGGAGCCCGCUGCUCCCUGCAUCCGUGCCCGAGUGGCUGAGAUCGGAGCCCGCUGCUCCCUCCAUCCGUGCCCGAGUGGCUGAGAGCCGGAACCCGCUGCUCCCUGCAUCUGUGCCCGAGUGAACGGCAGCCGCUAACAGACCGCUCCAGCUCCGGGCACAGGGUCAUGUGGACGGGCACCGGGCAGGGGACACACUGACACAGCCUCCCCGUCCCACAUAGACGGAUCUGACCUCGGGACCCGCUCUGUCUCUGCCUCUGACUCUGCACAGCUGCGCCGCCAACACUGCAACCUCAAAAAGCGGCUGGAAAGCAGCAAACUUCUUGUUUCCAUCUGUCUCAAACAAACGUGUCCGUUUCCUCAUCUUCUGAGCUGGAUGUCCCUUUAUUUUCCUGUCUGGAAGUUUUAAUCAGAAAACGCUGGCGGAGUGGAUUCGGGAGCGAUCGAUUUCACAGUGUCAGGGUCCCUCCAAUGAAAGAGUAGUCACCCAGCAACUCCACCCCAAGGGCCACAGGACGUGCCAUCCACAGGUUCCAUCCCCCCUCUGUUGGAAGGAACAGACCCCAGGGCUGCUCUCGAAGGGAAGAGCAGAACCCCAGGUAAUGACAGCAAAUCGAACCGUUCCCUGAAUUUGAAACGUCAGCGAGACGGACUGUAAGAUUAAACAAAGUGAAAAAUGGGAAGAAAGAAGAUUCAGAUCUCCCGGAUCGUCGACCAGAGGAAUCGACAGGUAACCUUCACCAAGCGGAAGUUCGGCCUGAUGAAGAAAGCCUACGAGCUGAGCGUGCUGUGUGACUGUGAGAUCGCGCUCAUCAUCUUCAACAGCACUAACCGGCUCUUCCAGUACGCCAGCACUGACAUGGACCGCGUCCUGCUCAAGUACACAGAGUACAGCGAGCCUCACGAGAGCCGUACUAACUCUGACAUCCUGGAGACACUAAGGAAGAAGGGUUUGAAUGGCUGUGAGAGCCCAGACCCGGAGAUCGAUGACUCGAUGGAGCCAAGCUUGGAUGUAAACGACAAAUAUAGAAAGUACGAAAUGGUGAAUCACAUGACCAACAGGCAGAGGGUUUGUCCAGGUGCCCUGUCUAACCACGAAGUGUCCAUACUCUCUGCGGCACAGAGCGCCACUGGUUUGGCCUACAGUAACCCAGCUGGGUCCAUCCUAAACCGAGGGCCACUGCCAGUCGUAUCUCGAAACAUUCAUUCAUCAGGGUUGACGUCACAGGUGUCCACAAUCUCCCAUUCAGGUGCUGGUUACCUGAAUGCCCACGUCUCAUCAGGGAUGCUGAGCUCCCCUGGUGACCUCAACAGAAACAUGACGACAAGGUCCCCGACCCCGGUGAACCUUGGCACUGACAGUCGCAGAGGGGAAAUACAUGCCGUCUCAACUGGCUCCCGAAACAUGGCUGCUUCACUGAGAACAAAUACAUCAGCUGUGCAUCCCAGCUCGCCGAUGGUUACCAUGGCAAACCCUGGUUUGACAGGCCAUGGACUGGGAGGUUACUCCCCUGGUGUCACUGGUUACUCGCUUCCUGACAAUGCUUCAGUGUCCGUGUACAACCCGGCGGGGACGGUCCACCAGGACCAAACUUCCAUCUGGCAACUGCGGCAACAUCCUCACCCACACCCGGCCAACCUUCAGCCCUCCUCGCAUCCCCCCCUGGGGGUCAGCAGCCCCUCCCACCUGCCCCACCCAUCCUUCCCGAUGGUCAGCGUCAAGUCGGAGCGAGCCUCGCCCCACAGCGAGGGGGGCGGGGGCGGCGGAAUGUUCCAGCACCUCAGCCCCUGCGAGGACCCCAAGGACUACGCCAAGGGCUUCCCGUGCCCAAUCGUGCUGAGUCGGCCACCCUCGGUGGGCGAGGAUGGUCUCAGCGCCAAGCGUCCGCGCAUCACUGACCGGUGGCAGAGAUGACGCGGUGGCCCUGAUGGACAGACUGACCGGCAGCUCCCGGACCCACGGCUGUCCUGCUCCCCGGUCUCCGGGCAGGAGCCAGCCACCGCUGGUAACCCUUUGACAACCAGGCUGGCCACUGUCCCCGGGGGUGGGGGUUCUCCUUCCUCCGUCCCCAUCACCUUCUCCCACAGCCUCAGCGGGCUGCAGGCCAAGUCUUCAUGGUUCUUCCCCUCCCCCCGUGCCUGCAUUCCUCCAUGGAGCAGGCAAGGUCCUGAGCUCAACUCCUGGUCAGAGGCCGGACAGUACAGGGAGGUGGUUGGUGGGCGAGUGCUUUCCCAGACACUCAGCACCUCCCUCCACCCACCCACCCAGACAGGCAUUCCUCGUGCACACCCGCACCCAUGGCCGGACUUUGGCCCCACCGGAGGCAUCACAUCCGUGCUUCUUGUACCCCCACUGAACGCACUCUCACCCUCUACCAGAGAGCACUGGGUGUGUGGUGCAACUGUGUGUGAAACCCACCUGGGUUGUCAAUAAAACCCAGUGCUGCUGACCCCUGGGGAGUGGGUGAAUCCAGUGCACCACCACUGGGGGUCUGAUAAAAUCCUGCCCCUCCCCCUACCACCAACCCAGCAUCACUGAUACCACCUCAACACUGAUGGGAAUGGAGUCGGGGGAAGAGCCAGAUUUGGGGUCCGUUCCUGCCCUCUCCAGGGGCAGGGGCAUCAAGCAGUGUGGAACACAGCUCCCUCUGGUGUAUCAGCCAGUGGAACCUUGCACUGGGGUCACUGCACCAACCCUCCUUGCACUGGGGUCACUGCACCAACUUGUCCUUACACUGGGGUCACUGCACCAGCUCACCCUACACUGGGGUCACUGCACCGACUUGUCCUUACACUGGGGUCACUGCACCAGCUCACCCAACACUGGGGUCACUGCACCAGCUCACCUUACACUGGGGUCACUGCACCAGCACAGCUGACAGCCACAGGACAGGUGAGGUUCUCACACCUGAUGUGUGAUCGGGGCUGGAGCGGUUGCACACACACAGACCUCUGGAGCACUCCAUGGAGAGGGAGCUCCCAGCCCACAAGGUCACAGCUGGAACGGUGGUCCCUGCACAGAUCUCCCACCAACAUCAACAAAGUGCAAGACUGUCUGGGCAACAAACCAGACUGAUACCCUCAGAUGGGAAGGAGAGGGUUUGGUUGACCAAGUACUGAGCUGUGGUGUGAAUGUUGCAGGCCAGAGACACAUUGCUGUACACACCACACAAUUCAACUGACGGCCCGGAGUUUACAGACAACCCUUGGUUGGUGCAAAUUUCUGCCAGGACUUCCGGUCUCUCGACUGUUGUGCUCGGUUUAAUAUUGGCCUGGUUAACAAAGGGUAUUGUUUUUGGUUAAAUAUUGUUCUGUUUUUUUAAAAGUGAAAGUUGCUUCGCAGUGCGAACGGACUUUGGCAUCACUCUCCUUUUCCUCUUGUACUGUGUGGGACCCAUUUAAAGCUGGGGCUGUGUAGGGCAAAAUGUGCAAGAGCACCAGCACCUUCCUGCCCCGAGGGUGGGGCUGUACAAACAACCUGACCCUCACUGCUCCAGGUAAAUGGGGCAGCUCCUGGUCUACUCCAUCCCCUCCCCUCCACCAGGCCCCAUUCACCUGCCUCUCUCUCUCCUCCACUCCUCUCCACUUCCUUCCCUCCUGAUCACCCGUCCUCCCACUCCUCUUCCCGUCUCCCUCCUCCCCAUCCCAUGACCCAGUGUCUGUCGAACAGAACCUCACGGGAGUGUCACAGGAAGGAGGGGGGUGGGAGCGUCACAGGAAGGUGGGGAGUGUUGUGGGGGCUGUUACAGGAAGGAGGGAGGGGAUUGUCACAGGAGGGAGGAGAGCGUUACAGGAAGGGGGGAGUGUCACAGGAAGGGGGGAGCCUGCUGUUAUGGGAGGAGGAGAUGGCUGUGGGGAAGGAUGAAGUGAAGCAAGCAGACAUCUUUCAGUACAGGAUGACACCAUGUGGUGUGACACAGGCUGAUGGAUGGGUCUGGGAUUGCGCAGAUAUUUGGGGGACAGUACCUGGACUGGGGGGUGGGGGUUGGGGGACAGUACCUGGACUCGGGGUGGGGUGGGGGACAGUACCUGGACUGUGGAGUAGGGGUUGGGGACAGUACCCGGACUGGGGGGUAGGGGUUGGUGGACAGUACCCGGACUGGGGGGUAGGGGUUAGGGGGCAGUCCCAGUCUGGAGGGUGGAGGACAGUACCUGGACUCGGGGUGGGGGGUAGGUUUUGCUCAGUCACAUCAGCAGUAAAAGGUCUAAGGCAGAGAGAGACUCUCAAACCCUCCUUCCCACCUUCCUGAGGUUCGAGCUGACAAUCCCUCGGGAGACUUCCUGUCCAAGAUGCAUUCUUUGUCCAUGUGUAAUCUUGGAAUGUUUGGAGUGUUUCCCGAAGGUUCUGGGGGCUUGGCUUUGGAACACAACUGUUACCUCUCCAGCCGACGCACAUGUAUACCCCUCAGGCCAGUGGAGAGAGUUGGAGGCAGAAUUCUCCAGUGAAAUCACUGUUUGUUUUAUUAAGUUAACUUAAAAAAAACAAAUAAAGUUCUUAUUGCAGA